AAGGCCGAUUCACUUGUUCUUUACCUGGCUGCCAGGUUACCAGUUGGCUUGUGAACAGUAAGAGAAUCGUUUAUGUAUUUUAUGCUACUCAUUUAACGAAUGUGCCAAGUGUCUUUCUCAUCGGAUAAUGUCAAAAACUCUUUACACCAAUGGAACUCAGCACACGCCAUUCCCCAGAGGGCCCUUGCCAGUUGGCUGCAAAGACGUCUGUACGGAAGGGGAAGACGCGGUCUUGUUCAGAAUGUUUUUCCCCGUAUUAGGAAAGAAGGUGCCGUAUGAAGAGCAGGAUCCGGCGAGCUGGACGGACUGGUACCUCGGGCAGCCCUACAGCACGGGGUUCGCCAAGUUCAUCAUCACGACGCAGAGCUACUCGAUGUGGAUACUCCGCGCUCUCAGCCCCUUCCUCUUCCUCUACGGGGACUGGCUUACCAAGAGCCUGAAGGUGCCGACGGCGUGGCUGGGAGGAGAGCAACCUGACGAAGACAACGCCGCGCGGGAGACUCCGGCGGGCGCGAAGAUGCCGGUGCUCGUGGCCUCGCACGGGAUGGACGGUUUCCUCGUGCUGGUUCUGGAGCACCGACUUAGAAAUGAUCCUAAGUUCUUCGUGAGAGAAAGAAGAAAAUUAGCCGAGCCUAACGCCUCCUGCUCGCCCUGUGCUUCCAGAGACGGGUCCUCCUGCGCCUCCUUCCACGUGGGCCCGGCGAGCAGCAGGUCGUGGAUGAUCUACAGCGGUUAUGAGCGCGAGUCCCAGCUGGACCGCCGCGUCGAGGAAGUGUUCGGCGCCGUGGCGGCGGUGCGGCGGCUCAACGACGGGACGCUUAUCAACGAGCUCGAGCCAGACCAUAAGCUCAGCGCCUUCAAGGGCGCUCUGGACGUGAACAACAUGGCUCUUCUGGGGCAUUCCUACGGCGGCACCACCACGCUGCGCGUUCUGGCGGAUCCCAGGAACUGCUUCAAGGUCGGCGUCACCCUCGAUCCGUGGAUGUUCCCCGUGCGGGCCGAUCCCGAGGCGCUGGGCAGGGCCGUCGCCAUCCCCGUCCUGUCCGUGUCAAGCGAGGAUUUCAACCAAGGAGCCAAUCUGAAGGCCUUAAGGAGGCUUAGGGACGCCCAUAAGACGGAGGAAUCGAUGUUUUACACCAUGAAAGGCACAACCCAUCACCAUGGCAACGACGCUCCUUGGCUCGCGGGCAGACUGGGCUGGUGGAUUACGAGCGGAAACUACACUCAUCCGCCAGAAAUCAUCAACGAAUUACAAAAUAACCUCAUUCUCACUUUCUUGGACAAAUAUUUAGAUAUCGAAGACCGCAGACUUCUGGCCUCUGUAAUCCCAGUAUAUGAACAGUUCAUACAGGAGAAUAAAGGUAUCCUACUGGAAGAUUAAGGAAUGCAUCUCGAGCUUUGUCUAAGUCAGAAUUAUUUUUUCGAACACUAGAAUUAUGGUCCACCAAUGAUAUGGUGUAAAAUUUGAUUUCUUUGUUUUGAAUAUAUAUUGUAAUCUGUCUAAAAAAUGUUUGGUCACUGUAAGUAACCGAAGAACACUAUAAAUUACGAAUUUAAUCUGACUUUUACACUGCUUAAGUGUGUUAUAUAUUAUAUAUUUUUAAGUGACGUUAAAUACCAGAAUCAUAUUAUGUAAGACGAUCCAUGGAAAUUGUAAGUUUGACAAUUUUUAUAAGGUAGUACCAAAUUAUUUGAUGACCAAUGUUAUUUGUUUUACAGUUUGCUUGUUGUUUUCGGACAGAUCUACCUCAAUAUUGUUUUAAAUUUUGUUUUGUGUGUAAUUCAAUAAAAGGCUCCAUGUU